AUGACGCUGACUAUCAUGGCCAGUCCCAAAGGAAAGACCAUUUUGGUUGACCUUGGGGGCGUCUUUGUGCAUCCACCCACGGACCGGACGCUUGCGACUGGGAACUCUACCAUUCCUCUGCGAAGACUCAUGUUAUCGUCAACCUGGAUGGAAUACGAAUGUGGGAAGCUUAGCGAAACAGAUUGUUUUUCACGACUAGCUAGCGAAUAUUGCUUCGAAACGAGUGAAUUGGCGGCGUUGAUGAGUGAUCUCCGUCAAACUAUCACUUACGAUGAGAAAGUGGCUGCGGUAUUUGCAGAAGCCAAACAGCCAGGAACACGCAUCUUUCUCGUAACAAACAUCUCUUGCGAGGACUAUACAGCCCUCCGAGGCCGAUGGAGUGAAGAUUUCUGGUCUAUCUUUGACGGUGUCUUCACCUCAUCUGCACUUGGUGUCCGGAAGCCCAACUUGGGCUUCUAUCGCCAUGUCCUCCGAGUUACGAGGUCGAUUCCGCAUGAAACCUUCUUCGUCGAUGAUCGCCCUGAAAACGUGCUCGCGGCUCUUAGCUUUGGUAUGAAAGGGACGUUUGAGAUAUCUGAUAUCUCCCGAUCGCUCGCCAACUUCAUCGGGGACCCUAUACAGCGAGGGCUUGCCUUUUUGCAACGACAGCAGGGAAAAUUCCCUACAACCACCCAGUACGGUGAACCUAUUGAUGAGAAUUAUGCCCCUCUGUUAAUGAGGGAGGUCUUAAAUGACAAGCACGUCUACCUUUACAAUCCCUCUGAUCCCUCGCUAACUUUGAUAAACAGAAGCUUGGUCAACGUGGAAGUGCCGUCUCGACUUUGGAACUUUUUCAGUGGAAAACCAAAAUACACAACCGAGGACUAUCCUCAGGACUUGGACACCACAUCACUUGGAAUGCUAGCUUUUCCUCCUGAAGAUGCAACAGCCCACUCUAUACUGGACGAUAUGCUUGAUCAUAUUGACGACGAUGGCAGCAUUCAAACUUACUUUGAUAAAUCAAGACCGCGAGCUGACGCGGUAAUAACCCUCAAUGUUUUGACCGUAUUUCACAAAUACGGACGCAGUCACGAAUUGCCUACCACCUUGGAGUGGAUGGUUAAUAUCCUGUUAAACAGGGCAUACAUCAAGGGGACACGCUACUAUGCCAAUGCUGAGUGGUUCCUCUACUAUAUGGUGCGCCUUCUUCGCGAGUCCACCGACGCUACCCUCCAAGAAAGAAUCCAAAGUAUUCUGCGCACACGUGUGGCCGAGAGGAUCGGCAGUCCUGGAGAUGCCUUCUGUCUUGGAAUGCGAGUUCUUGCUUGUAAGCAUCUGGAGAUUGAGAAUUAUCCGGAUCGCCAGAAGCUGCUGGAUAUGCAACAGGAAGAUGGCGGUUGGGAAGCUUCUUGUUUGUACUAUUUUCCGGGCAAGAAUCUUGAGGUUGGAAACAGAGGAGCGAGCACAGCCUUUGCUUUGAAAGCUCUCGAAUGUUGGGCUCCUUAA